AUGGCAUCGAACGGCGAAAUAGACCAACUCAUAAUGCUGACGGACGAACUAACCACCAUAAUACCAGACGAUGGUAAACCACACUCUCUACUAGAGCCUCCGAUCCCCGCUUACACGGACAUGACACUGAGACGAGCCUACAUCGUGUGGCUCCAUUGUGGGAAAAUCAACGAGUUCAAACAAGUCUGCGCCUACUUCCACCGCUUGGAGGCUAUGGAGGAAGAGCUGCCAAUGGAAGAACGAGUAAAAAGUCGCCUUCUUGAAUACAAUCUGAUGGCAUCACAACCGCCUACUUCCAUGUUCCUGAACUCCUAUUUUCCCAAUCUCUACCGACAGCAUAAAAAUAACGACGUGGACCCACUUGAAGACAGCAAAUUUAAUGGCUGUGUGUUUAAUCUCGAAGGUUAUCACAAACUUCAUGUCGAUACAGGGAUGACGCAAACUAAAAUAUUAGAAGCGAGUCACACGAUUAGAAAAUAUUGCAGAGAACAUUCCAAGUCGUUGAGAUGGCUGUUGAUGCAAUUUCAUGACUUUACUCAAAAAUGCGACGUCAAAAACUCUGUGAACAACAUCGUUAUGUUUAUCAUGAAGAAACUAUUAAAAGAUGAAAUAAGAAUGAACAUAAACAUACCUAAGGAUUUCAAUUUCCUGGAUAUUGUCGCCGUUCCAACCACAAGUGAAACUAAGGUUGAUGAGAAUCCUGCUAUUGAUGCCAAGAAAGAUUCUAAUGUUAUUGAAAGUGACAACAACACAAAAAAAAACGAAGAAAAAGAAGAGGCAGAAAAAGAAAGCAAGGUACUUCCAGAAGUUCAAACUAAGAAAUACAACUUUAAGAACAUUAUAUCUUGGAAGAUUGCAGAUGACCAAAAGUGUAACAGUAAAUAUGAAUCGUGGAUGGAAUCAUUUAUAAUUUACAAUUAUCUUAGGUAA